AUGCUAAGCACGCAAAAAGCUUCUGCACCCUCGACUAGACAAAAAAAAGUACUUAACGGAAUUUGCAACGCUAACAAAGAAGAGGAGAGACGACGAAAAGGUGGAGGUUACCAUGAACUGUAUAACGGUGUCGUCUGCAACGACACUAUCCUCGCGACCGGUGUCUUCAGCUCGAAGGAGCUUUGGAUGCUUUCAAAAGCGUCCAUACUGCAUGACCUCAGCGACAUGCAGCCUCAAAUAAACGCGAUCAAAAUAGAGCACCCGCCGUACUACUGCAGCAGCUAUACCCCUCCUUCCGCGGCAUCCGCCGCGGAUCACGCUCAGCCCGCGGCUAGCUUCAGUCCACCACCAGUACACCAGCUCAUAAGGAACGACAAGACUGACAAAGCACCAACGGUAUCAGUAUCAAGUGCCCCAAGUUUUUCACCGGUCCUCAGACCCGAAGACGGCCACCGUGGAAUCGAUUCACCUCACUCUCAAACAGGGCUGCACUCCCCCCACGAAGGGCUCGCCGGGGGCUCAGGCCAGGCCGGAGGGAUGUCCGGCCUUGCCUAUUAUCAACCGGAGCAUCCCGUCUCAAGCGGAGUCGUCAAGUAUCCUGAAAAUGGUCACGACACACUCUCGGACUUUGUCACGUUCGUUUGCCAAGAGGCUGAGAACACUCAGCAACUACCCCAGGCCCAAUUGACUGGUCAACGCGCUGGCAUGCAAAAGUUCUCACAGUAUUAUCCAAGUUCGAUGUUGCCGCCACCACCUCCGGCUCCGAUGGCCAGGCCAGUCGCGAUAAUACGCUCCACGGGAGAACUCUCAGCUUCUGGGGGCUCGGGAUCACCUCCCACAUCAUCCUCGUCGCCAGCUGACCCCUCAGACUUGAAUGGUGCGGCCCAGAGCCAGCAGGACCAGCAAAUGGCUGCAGCUGCUGCUGCUGCUGUUGGCCUUGUUGGUUCCAAUUGUCAGACUUCGGUGGACAGUGGAAGGAAAAGCCCCACGAGGAUCCUAGUCGCCGCGCCUCACACCAGUCGAGAGUACACCUUUGCUCAUUUUCACUCUCAACCUGGACAACAAAUAUUUACGUACCCUACUAUCAGUUCGAUGUCCGGAGUGAUUUCACCGACGAAUCUCUCCCUGUUUUCAUCACCGGUGUCUGUCACGAGGCCAGUCGCUACCCAGAGAUCGGUUGCGAAUGUACCACCGCGUUGGAACACCGCGCCGUUUAUCAACCUCGAGGACGAUUACAAUAUGAUCGCCCCGAUUAUUGCUGGCACGCCCGGUGAACCACCUUCUAGUAUGGACGAGGAACGAUACUUUCACCCCGUCCACACGAGCAACGUCGUGGACAAAAGCGGGCCCGGGGGUCUGAUGAGCAAUGACCUCGGCGUGAACCAGAAUCCGUCGACCCACCACCAUCAUCAGCAACAACAACACCAUCAACAGCAACAACAACAAGUGCAGCAACAACAACAAGUACAGCAACAACAACAGCAGCAGCAGCAACAACAACAACAACAAGUACAACAACAACAACAACAACAACAACAACAACAACAACAACAACAACAACAACAACAACAACAACAACAACAACAACAACAACAACAACAACAACAACAACAACAACAACAACAACAACAACAACAACAGCAGCAGCAGCAACAACAACAACAACAACAAAUUCAAGACAAAGAAAGAGCGAAAUCACCUCCGUGA